AUGUCUUCUUGUUAUAAUUCAAUUUCUAAUUCUCAUCCAACACCACUUAUUUCACCACCACCUUCUCCUCCUGAUGAAUGCAUUACUCACUUUUUAACCGAUGACCAAAAAGUGCUAAUGAAUGAAGAAGAGUCUAGUCAUCAAUUACAAUCACAGGAUUCUCAAGAACUGGAUUUAACAAAGAUAGAAAUAACUAAUUAUGCUUCAGGAAGUCAGCAUAGAUUCAGAAUGAGAGUUUGUGAUAUUCCAAAAGAACUUAUGGAUUUGAUUAAAGCUUCAGAAAAAAUACCUCGUAACGUUUCAAAAGCGACUGCUGCGCUUACGACAGGAAAUUUGACCGCCAGCUCCGACAUAAUGGGUAGUACAAAGGAUGCAAUCUCCAUAUGCCCCAACAAUGGUCGUGUGACUCCGACGCCAAACCAAACACAAACCACAAAUAUCGAUGAUAAAAGGGGUUCUAUUAAGAAUUCUAUUGAUAAACGUCGACGAAUUAGAAAGAAUCCUUAUCCUACUAAAGCACCAUCAAAAUCAUCACCAGGAAUAACUCUCAAAGUAGAUGUUUUUACACCAUUUAAAGAAGAUCCUCAAGCAUUAUUACAUAGUGAUGAUCCUCCAGUUUCAGAUCCUAGUACACCAUUAUUAUUUUCAGAUAUAUUUUCAUCAGCUGAAGAAACAUCUGAAUCAAGUACACAACGUAAACGUAAAGGAAAUAGUCUUGCAAGAGUAAUGGCAGAUCGAGGUCUUUUAGAAGCAACAUUUACACCAGUAACAAUUGAAGGAGGAGAAGCAAAAACAAUUCGUAUUCCACCACCACCACCAAUGCAAUUUGAAGAAUUAAUGGAAAAUAUAGAUCAAUUAGAUCUUGAUACAGAUUUACUUGAUAGAAUUAAUCCAAAAGUUAAUUGGAAAGGUCAACCACUUACAAUUUCACAUUUACCACAUUUUAAUUCUUUACAUUUAAAAGAAGCACAUGUAGCAUCAACAUUAAGACUUACACCAGUUCAAUAUUUAACAUCAAAAAAUACAUUAGUUUCAUCAGCUAGAAGAUAUACACAAAAAUCACUUCCAUUUCGAAAAAGUGAUGCACAAAAACUUCUUCGUAUUGAUGUUAAUAAGGCUAGCAAACUUUGGGAAUUCUUUAUGCAAGUUAAAUGGAUUUAA